UGCUUAUUACGAUGCCUCCUCUGAGAUGCAUCCCGCCUGCUAAGGCAAUCAAGACCGAACGUACACACGAGGAGAACCAGGAGCGGGCCUACAUCGCCGCUUCAAGGAGGAGUGACCGCUCAUUAGAAGCACGUGUAGAAUCAGCCAGGCGCGCAUCAGAAAUACACAAGCGACGGACCGGCAGAUCAUUACGAGUCUCUGAGGAAGAUGUAAUAAACGAAGAGAUGUAUGAGGAGGAGGAAGACGAUCUCCCACACCAUUAUCGGUGCCUCAGCGCCCUCCAUAGCCAGUCUACCGAUUUCAGCCGCCAUCAGUUGUCAGAUUACCUCACGAACCACAUUCAAAUGCGGUCAGCUCUUGAAGGGGCCCUGCGAGACUCAUAUGCCACACAGGCAGCUGCACAGGCAGCGCAUCAAGCAAGCCAGGUUCCCAGUUUUUAUCCGAACGUCGCCAGUAUGAUGAAUGCGCAGAUGGGUUAUCGGGCGCAAAUGAUGGGCGAUGGCCACCCGCCGCCGUAUGCUAUGCCCAAUAUCAUGCCGACAAUGCCAAUCACCAUACCUCAGCCUCCAGCAUAUUUGCCGCAACAUCAGUUUCAAAAUUUUGAUCCACAGCCACAAGUUACGCAGAACCUCCACAAUCGACGCCAGUAUCGCAACCAGUGUCAAGCCGAGUCUGCGAUGAAACUCCAGCAAUCAGCAACAGUUAAGCCGCCAAGUCCGGAUACUUCGAAGCCAAGUCGUGGCAAGUCUAUGCCAGUCGAAAUAAAAUCAGAGUCGCCUGCCUUGCAAUCUAUCGAGCAACCCGAGGUGAAAGUUUCUCGAUCGUUCGAGCAACAAUCGCAGCUCUCUAAACGGCCUGGGCCUAAUGAUUUCAACGGCACGGAUAGUUCUAUCUCUGCAGGGGCACCAUGCGACAAAACAUACAUGCCGCAGGUCAACAUCCAGGCUGCAGAUAGCGAGUUCAACCCGUUUGCAACUGCGACACCACAGGAUGACGGCCUUUUCGAUGCGAAUCUUGGAUUUCCAAACGAUCCCCUUAUGGGCAUGCUUAUGGCUGGCAAUGAGGCGCUCAAUGCGCCUGAUUCUUUUGACAGCAGCUUGGAUACUUCCUACGCCGGAACACCCGCGAGAAAGCUGGAUUUAGCCACGAAGACUCAUGUCGGCGGACUCGACUCAACUGUCGGGGGUGGCAUUGCACCCGCCCAGCUAGAAUCAGCUGCCGUGAAAAGGGGCCUUGAUGUCAUAUCGGGAGUUCCAACCAGAUUGAAGAGUGAUGCGACUGUAACUGCAAGCACGAGUGCCACCGGAACUCCAGGGAUUGCGCCAGAUAAAUGGAAUGAAUGGAUUGAGCAGGAAGAGUGGGAGGGUGGUAUCCAGUGACACCGAUACCUUUUUCUCUCGGGCCGGCCAUUGAUUUCUUAUAUAUAUAUUAAUGCUAGAAAUAUUGGCCGGUUCCAGCGUCCUUUUGUACAUUAUUCGUAGAUAGGGCCUUAGGCCAAUUUAGACUUUUUGAUACACAUAGAUUACACAUAGAUUAGAACAGGC